AUGAGCGCACAACUCUGUUCGCUGCUGUUCAUAGUGGUGGGGCUCAGCAUGGCCAUCACGCCAUGGCUGGCAGCAGUGGGGCAGCUCAUCGCCUCGCGCUUUGACCAGCAGGACGUGCGCUCGCUGCAGCCACAUGAGGCCGAGACGGACGAUCUGCAGGGUCACAUUAUCAUCUGCGGCUUCGGCCGCGUGGGUCAGAUCAUAGGCCAGCUGCUGUCGGAGCGCCUGAUCCCCUUUGUGGCUCUCGACGUGAGCAGUGAGCGGGUCAGCGCUGGUCGCUCCCUCGACCUCCCCGUCUACUUCGGCGAUGCUGGCAGCCGCGAUGUGUUGCACAAGGUGGGGGCGGAGCGAGCAGCAGCAGCAGUGAUCACUCUCGACACGCCAGGGGCCAACUACCGCGCGGUGUGGGCGCUCAGCAAGAGCUUCCCGCACGUGAAGACGUUUGUGCGGGCACACGACGUGACCCACGGGAUCAACCUGGAGAAAGCUGGUGCUACUGCUGUCGUCCCUGAGACCCUUGAACCCAGCUUGCAGCUAGCUGCUGCCGUGCUGGCACAGGCAAAGCUGCCAGCAGCAGAGAUAGCUGCCACGCUGGACGACUUCAGAACACGCCACCUGGCAGAGCUGACGGAGCUCUCUGCACUGAGUGGGUCGUCGCUGGGCUAUGGCUACUCCAGCAACCUCAUGCGCGCCAGAGUUGCCGAGGCAGCAGUACCGCUCAACGCUCUCUUCCCCACUCUUCCCCAAUCCCCCCCCAUGCUCUCUCCCCUCCCUUCUCCCAUUCCGCGCCCGCCCGCCCAUCAGGCGCGGAGGCGCAAGGCAGGCGCGCGGGAGGGUGGGGUGGUGCUGCCGGUGGCCUCGAUCUCAUGGCGGCAUCAGCAACUGGCCAGCGCGCUAGCCAACUCCAAUGCGAAUGCUGGUGCUGCUGCUGCUGCUGGGGGGAGUGGGGCGAGUGGUGGGGCGAGUGGGACAGCAGCAGGAGCAGCAGCGGGUGGCGGUGCAGCAAAGGAGGCGGAUAAAGAGAUGAACCCUGCUAAUCCCAUGCACCUCCAUGCUGCCCCUCCCGCGUCCCCUCCGCCUCCUCCCAAGACCGCCCGCAAGCGGCGCAAGGCGAAGCCAACGGAUCUGAUAAACCAGCGGCGGUGGCAGCAGUUCUACCGCAACAUGGUGCUGAUCGUGAACUACAAGCGCCCGCAGCAGAUGCCCGUCACCCUCGACCUCCUGCACUCGCUCUACGGCUCGCUCUUCCAGCGCAUCCUCGCUGUCUCCGAGUUUGGCGACGCCGAUUUGGGGGUGCUCGAGUCGCGCAUCUGGUUCCUGGGGCCCAUGCACCAGUCGUGGCGCAUUGCCAGCCUCGACCCCAGCGGAAGCGUGGCAGGGGGAUGGGGAGGGGAGGGGAAGGAGGCGGGAGCGGUGAGGUACAUGGAGGAUGCGAGUGAGCGCGUGGAGGAGAGUGGGGAGGCGCUGCAGCUUCUAAAGCAGGCCGUUUUCCAGGCGCUCUCCCACCUCCCCCAACAGUACCUGCAGCGGUACCAGCAGUCCAUCUCCCCCAAGACAAAUAUAUUUCUGCGGGCGGCGUCGAACGUCUUUUAUAUCCCGCAGCGCCAUGCGCCUGCGAUGCGCUCGCUCGUCCCCAUCUUUGCCGACCAUCGCAUUGUGGCUGAU